AUGCUUCGUUUGUCAUCUUCAAUACAACGUCGUGUACCUUUAUACAAAGCAAGUGGUAAUCGUCUCUUAGUAUCUGCACGUGAGAAAGUUGAUCGUCGUCAUGUCCCACGUUUUGAAACACCUGCUGUACUAGAAUUUGAAGAUGGUACAUGUUUUCAUGGUAUCUCAUUUGGGGCAAAGAAAUCCAUGGCUGGUGAAGUAGUUUUUACGACUGGUAUGGUUGGUUACCCGGAGGCAUUGACAGAUCCAUCAUUUAAAGGCCAGCUUCUUAAUAUGACGUUUCCUAUGAUUGGUAAUUAUGGUGUACCAGACACCAAGAUAUUGGAUGAAUUUGGGCUUCAUAAAAAUAUUGAAUCCGAUCGUAUUCAUGCUGCUGGUAUGAUUGUACAAGAUUAUUCAAGUCAUUAUAGUCAUUGGAAUGCUGCUCAAUCACUAUCCGAGUGGCUUGAGAGUGAGGGAAUUCCAGGUAUUACUGGUGUCGAUACGCGUGCUAUCACGAAGAAAAUCCGUGCGAAUGGAGCCAUGGCCGGUCGUAUUAUUGUAGAGGGCAGUGCUCCACCAAAACUUAUUGAUGUGAACGAGAAUAAUCUUGCUGCUCUUGUCUCGACAAAAGAAAUUAUCACAUAUGGUAAAGGAAAUCCAAUCAAGAUCUUGGCGAUUGAUUGUGGUAUCAAGCACAAUAUAAUUCGAGAACUUGUCAAACGUGGUGCAGAAGUAAAACGCGUGCCGUGGAAUCACGAUAUUUCUUCUGAAAUUGGCUGGUAUGAUGGUCUUUUCAUUUCAAACGGUCCGGGUGAUCCAGCGAUCAUGAAGGAAACGACUGCUCAACUUCAAAAGGCUUUGAAUCUACAAGGCGGUAAUAUUAAGCCUAUAUUUGGAAUCUGUCUCGGUAACCAGCUUCUCAGUCUUGCUGCCGGUGCCAAGACGUACAAGCUGCCGUUCGGAAAUCGUGGACAAAAUCAACCUGUGCAAGAUUUAAAAAGCGGGCAGAGCUAUAUCACUGCCCAGAACCAUGGUUACGCAGUAGACGGCAAAACACUGCCUAGUGAAUGGGAAGAGCUCUUUGUGAAUCUCAACGAUGGCACGAAUGAAGGUAUCAUUCACAAGUCCAAACCGUACUUUACAGCACAGUUCCACCCAGAAUAUGCUGGCGGACCUACGGAUACCAAGUUCCUGUUUGAUACGUUCCUUGAUGCCGUACGCACAAAGGAGAAAGGACCAAUCAAGAAUUUGGUGCAGCGGCAGAAAGUUACGCGCCCCAAGGUGAAAAAGGUGCUAGUGCUCGGAUCAGGUGGUCUGUCUAUUGGUCAGGCCGGUGAGUUUGACUACUCUGGCUCACAAGCUAUUAAGGCACUAAAGGAGGAGGAGAUAGAAACGAUCCUGAUUAACCCAAAUAUUGCUUCCGUGCAGACAAAUAUUGACCGCUCUAGCGAGGCUCAGGCUAGCAACGUGUACUAUCUGCCUGUGAACCCUGAUUUCGUGGAACAGGUAAUCAAGCGUGAGCGCCCGGACGGUAUCCUCAUCUCCAUGGGCGGACAAACUGCAUUGAACUGCGGUGUAGAGCUUGACAAGCGGGGAGUAUUCGAGAAGUACGGUGUGAAGGUCCUUGGUACGCAAAUUGAUGUGAUUAAUUACACGGAAGACCGUGAGCUGUUCAACGACAAGCUCGCGGAGAUAAAUGAGUGUAUUGCUCAAAGUGAGGCUGUGGAGUCAGUGGAUGAUGCAGUGAAGGCUGCGUACAAGAUUGGUUUUCCGGUGAUGAUCCGUUCAGCGUUUGCGCUUGGCGGUCUAGGCUCAGGUAUUUGUGAGGAUGAGGCUCACUUGCGCCAGAUGGCCCAGCAGGCCUUCUCUGGUAGCCCUCAGAUCCUGGUCGAGCGCUCGAUGAAGGGUUGGAAAGAAGUUGAGUAUGAAGUGGUGCGUGAUGCUGCCAACAAUUGUUUGACGGUGUGCAACAUGGAGAACUUUGACCCUCUGGGUAUUCACACGGGUGAGUCAAUUGUUAUCGCGCCUUCGCAGACUUUGUCGGACCGCGAGUACCACAUGCUGCGAGAGACUGCUCUUAAAGUGGUGCGUCACCUUGGCAUUGUUGGCGAGUGUAACAUUCAGUAUGCACUGAAUCCCGAAUCGGAAGAGUACUGUAUUAUUGAGGUGAACGCACGCCUGUCACGUUCGAGUGCUUUGGCAUCGAAAGCGACGGGCUAUCCGCUUGCUUUUGUGGCUGCUAAGCUUGCUCUGGGUAUCAAUCUGCCAGACUUGAAGAACUCCGUGACCAAGAGUACAACUGCUUGCUUCGAGCCCUCCCUUGACUACUGCGUUGCCAAGAUGCCGCGUUGGGAUUUGGCCAAGUUUGACAACGUCAGUACUGAGAUUGGCUCGUCCAUGAAGAGUGUUGGUGAGGUAAUGUCGAUUGCCCGCACUUUUGAAGAAGCAAUACAGAAGGCGCUGCGUAUGGUUGAACCUUCAAAUGAGGGCUUUGAGCCGCGUUACGACCAGUUGUCGCAUGAUGAGCUAGUAAAAGCUCUGGGCAAGCCUACAGACCGCCGUAUUUACCAAAUUGCGCAGGCAUUGAAGUCUGGCCAGCUGUCUAUUGAUCAGGUGCACGAUAUCACAAAGAUUGACACUUGGUUCCUGAGCCGUCUACAAGCCAUUUCCGAUUGCGAUGUGAAUCUUACUGGCAAGAAGCUGAACGACCUGACCGGUGCUGAGAUCGCCGAGGCGAAGAAGCUGGGCUUUUCAGACCGUCAGCUUGCUCGCAUGUUCAGCUGCACUGACGAUGAGGUGCGCGCUAAGCGUAAGGAGCUUGGCAUCGUGCCGGCGGUGAAGCAAAUUGAUACGCUUGCUGCAGAGUACCCGGCUCAGACCAACUAUCUGUACAUGACAUACAACGGUACGGAGCACGACGUGCCCGCGCAAGAACCGAACGACGGCGUAAUGGUGCUAGGUAGCGGUGCGUACCGAAUUGGUAGCUCUGUAGAGUUUGACUGGUGCGCUGUAAGUUGCAUCCGUACCCUGCGCAAGCUUGGUCGCCGCGCUGUGAUGCUCAACUACAACCCUGAGACCGUGAGUACGGACUAUGACGAGUGCGAUCAGCUGUACUUUGAGGAGUUGUCGAAGGAACGUGUGAUGGACGUUAACGACCGCGAGGGCGUUCAGGGUGUCGUGGUCUCUGUGGGUGGACAGAUCCCAAACAACCUUGCACUUCCGCUGCACAAGGCCGGCGUGAAAAUUUUGGGCACGCAUCCGAUGAUGAUUGACAGUGCUGAGGACCGCUAUAAGUUCUCGAAGCUGAUGGACAAGGCUGGCGUGCCUCAACCGGCGUGGAAGGAGCUGACUAGCCACGCUGCCGCGCGCGAGUUCGCUGAACGCGUCGGCUAUCCCGUGCUGGUGCGUCCGUCGUACGUGCUGAGUGGUGCGGCUAUGAAUGUUGCGUACAACUUCGAUGAGCUGGAUGAUGUGCUGAACCAGGCGGUUUCUGUGUCUUCGGAUCAUCCCGUUGUGAUCACGAAGUUCGUGGAGGGUGCCAAGGAGCUGGAGCUAGAUGCUGUGGCCAAGGAUGGCAAGGUAAUCGCUGCAGCAAUAUCCGAGCAUGUGGAGAACGCUGGUGUCCACAGUGGCGACGCCACACUGGUGCUACCACCUGUGGAGGCGAGUUCAUUCUAUACAAACCAGAUAAAACGACACGCUGAGAAGAUUGCAAGGGCGCUGAACAUUUCGGGUCCUUUUAACGCUCAGUUCCUGGCCAAGGGUGCUGAAGUCAGCGUAAUUGAGUGCAACUUGCGUGCCUCGCGUUCGUUCCCGUUCGUGUCGAAGACGACGGGUGCAGACUUUAUUAACGCUGCAACCAAGGUGAUGGUUGGUGAGUCGACGGACCACGACAACUUGCCUCCCCUUGACGGCCCGAAGCGUCCGGAGGGCUACGUGGGUAUUAAGUCACCAAUGUUUUCGUACACACGUCUUGGUGGCGCAGACCCGCUGAUCGGCGUCGAAAUGGCUUCGACAGGAGAGGUGGCUUGUUUUGGUAAGAAUCAUCACGAAGCGUUCCUGAAGGCGUUGAUUUCGUCAAACUUUAAAUUGCCGGAGAAGAAUAUUUUGCUGUCCAUGCAGGACAAGUUCUCGGAAGAGUUUGUGCACGCCGCCUACAAGAUGCACGAACUAGGCUAUAGCCUGUUUACGACGGAGAAGACGCAUGCGUUCCUCAAUAAGUACGACAUCCCGUCGACGAAGGUGAACUUCCCGUCCGACGGUGACAGCGAGAUGAACGUGCUGAACCUGAUCAAGGAAGGCAAGAUCGAUCUGGUGGUAAACCUGCCUAACAGUCAGAGCCAACAGAUAGAGAACAAUUAUCGCAUUCGUCGUACGGCAGUGGACUUUUCCAUUCCGCUGCUGACGAACAUCAGCCUGGUGCAGCUUUUCGUGGAAGCCAUGGCUGUUCACAAGAACCAGCCGCUGCUUGGUCUUGAGCCAGACAGUCUCUUUGACUACUACAAGCGCGAGAAGGAGGACGACGCGUGGACUGACGUGCACGAGUUCCACUAA